AUGGCAGAUAUCCCAGCACAUGUUCUUGCAAUUCAAUCUUAAAAAAACGAUCCUCCUCUUUAGCAAAUUGAAAAAACACCAAAAUUACCAAUUUAAGAAAUGAAACUUAUAGAUGUUGAAGAAUUAAUGGAAAAUAAAAAUAUGAAUAAUUAAUACAUAGUUGUCUAAGUAUAUUAGAUAGACUGGAAAAAUAGCACUCAAUAUUUAAUUGUUAGAGAUUUUAAUGAAAUAUGGCUCAAUUUAACCAUUCUGCAAUAAAAUAGAUUAUGCAAUUACUAAAUCAAUGAUUGGCUAAUUGUUAAAAAUCCAAAGCUGAUUGAAUUCGGAAUAUUUAUCCAAGAUUCACAAGAUGUUGUUGCCAUCAAUCAAUUUACGUAUCAAGCUCUGAUGAACUCAGAAAUUGACUAAACAGAUCCAGCCUAACUAAAAGAAACAGGAAAUCAAUAUUUUAAAUUACAAUAGUAUCGAUUGGCCUACGAAGCCUAUUCCAUGGUUAUCAAAUAUGAGCAUGCCAAUAAAACGAACCUAAUACAAGAAUAAUGUUACAAUAAUAGAGCCCAAUGUUUAUUCCAACUUGGUUAUAUCUAAGAAGCUGUAAAUGACCUUAAUCAAGUAUUACAACUGAACCCUCAAAAUGAGAAAGCCAUUCAAAGGUAAGCAUUAUGUUACCUUAAAUUGCAGAACCCUAAUGAUGCCAAGAAAUUGCUUGAGUCACUUCCAAAUCAUAAAACUGAUAAAGAUAUAGUAUUCAAAUUAGUCGAAUGUGAACUCAUGAUAAAACAUCUAUCUGGCAAUUUCGAUCUAAUUUCCCUACUAAACCAAUAUGUGAAUCAAGAUGAAUUCUCCUUUGAAAAAUUUAAUAACUUUAAACACAAAAGUAUCGAAAGAAAAAAAAGUAACUUAGGUGGAUUGGGCUUAUUCGUAAAUCAACCUAUUCCUAAAGGAACACUCUUAGUCGUUGAACAUCCAAUGCAUAAAAUCAAGUAAAAUUAAACACUUGGCAUGCAUUAAAGGGAUGAUGUUUAUGAAGAGAUUAGACAAUAGGCAUUUAACAAUAAAUAGUUUGCUGAAUAACUAUUUAAUUUGUAUGAUGGAACCAAUAAUUACUCUCUCAAACACGUAAAAUAGGAUUUCGAAUACUAACUAUAAAAUUAUGUAGUUGAUCUCCUUCGAAUUGAAAGUAUCUUUAGGUACAAUGCACAUGCAUUUUAAUUACUCAAAGUGUUCACAAAGAAUAAGCAAAUUAAAUAUCUAGAUUAGAGCGAAGGGUUGUGGUUCACUUUAUCACAAGUUAAUCAUAGUUUAACUCCAAAUAUAUUUUAUUACUUCUUGGGAGAGUUGUUAAUUGUUGUGAGUGCUAAGAAUAUAGAAAAGGAUGAAGAAAUACUAGUGCAAUAUCAUCCACCUUUAAAUCAAAAGGAGUAUUAAAAUAAUUUGAAAUCCCACAACAUUCCUCUUGAUUAAAAAUUAGUCUAAUAGAACUAACUGUGGAAAAUGGAUGAGUAAUUUAAUGAAAUUAAAACUAUCAUUAAGACUGUGAAGACCUCAAAAAGUCUAAACGAUCUUACAACUUAUACCUUAUCCAACCCAAAUGUUAUACAAUAGAUAAAAGAAAAAUAUCCAAUCAAAUAUUUAAAAAUCAUUUAAUAAGUAUCUUUCGAUCUGUUUUAAGUUAAAAAAAUUAAAGAAUACUUAGACUUAAAAUUUUAAGGAUUGGUAUUUCAAUUCGAUCAAUAUCCUUAAUGUUCCACUAUAUAAGAUUUCUUUAUGUUUCUCACUGUUGUAUCAUAAGGUUCAGAUAUAGAAAAGGAAAUGGUUAAUUUUAUAUUUAGAGUUGGAAUUUUAAUGUUUGGAGAAGCAUUUUUGAAAAAUCAAAAUUCUGAAGACUUGCUCUUUUAGUUAGGUUUUAAACAAAUUAAAAAAUGA